CUGAAAAGCAUACUAAAAAGGAUUUUAUGCCAUAAACAAUUUAUAGGACUCUUGAAGUAGUACAAUUUGGAGCAAGAUGUUGAGAAAUCUAUUGGCACUGACACUGGUCUUUGCAUUGACGACCGCUACCGACGUUAAACAAUGUUCCGGCAAUAAGCCAUUUCCCCUGGCUGUGCGCGUAUUGAAUUGUGAAACACCGCCUUGUGAUGUCAUCAAGGGCAGAGAUAUGACAUUUGAAAUUGAUUUCUACGUCACAAAAUAUGUCACCAAACUGACCACUUUAGUGAAGGCUACCAGUUUGGGUGUGACCGUACCGUAUGACUUGCCAUCGGAUGUGAAGGAUGUCUGCUCGAAUCUAAUGCACGAAGCCUACUGUCCACUCUAUGACACCGAGGAUGUCACAUAUCUCUUUGUAUUCCCCAUUGGAAAUUAUCCUGAGGUUAGUGUUAAGGUGGAAAUAUAUCUCGUCGAUCAGGAUAAUGAAGUGGCCACUUGUUUUGUGUGUAGUAUUAAGGUCAAAAAGGCGCCGUCUGCCAAUAGCACAGUUUAUGAAAUUGAUUUUUAAUGUUAACUAGUAGUUGGACUCGUUAU